AUGACGACUAAGACCAUCCAUGGGAACUCGCAAUGCCAGAGGCCCUCCUCUCUACGCUGGACGUGGGAGUCACCCGGUGGAGGGUACCGUAAUGAAAUAGACCACAUCAUCGUCAAUAAAAGGUUCUGCCUGACGGACGUCGGUGUUGUACCAAAGUUCUAUACGAGAUGGGACCAUCGCCUCCUCCGAGGAAGAUUUUCUUUCACAAGGAGAGCAGAAAAAGCCGCCAAGUUCAGAGAGAGAAAUCCCAGGACUAUCAUCAACUGGGAUCUCUUCGCUACGCUAGCCGGCUUUUGGGAAGAUUCCGCAAUGGACAACAUCGACGAGGAAUAUGACCGGCUUGUUGAACACCUUCACGACUGUGCGAAGAAGGCUGAGAGUUUUAAAACCACCAAGAGGCGCCUGUCUCUUGAAACUCUUGAGCUGAUACGCCAGCGUGGAGCAGCACGAGCCGCAGGGAACCAAGAACUCACGUCCGAGCUCGCAAGACUUUGCAGAGAGGCGAUAAAGGAAGACCUUAAAGAGGGAAGGGCAGAAGUGCUGGCUGAAGCUGCAGAGGCGGGAAAAGCAUCUGCUAUGCCCGUCGAGACUUCGCCAGUCGCAAGACGAGGAUGA